AUGGACUCACCACCGGCGAAGCGACUAAAGCUGACCGCCUAUGAUCCCUACGACGAGAGGGACCCAAGUGAUGAAGAUGAAGGCGACGAGUUGGAGCUGGAACCGGAGGAGGUGUCUGAGAUGCGACACCCCGACUAUGUUCUCGAAAGGAAGCGAGCGCGAGCUAUGACGCGAUAUGAGCAAGCGAUGGCUGGGAUUAUCGCCAAAUACAGCCGGGACUUUGAGGACGUGGGCGAUGAGCUGGACCUCAGUACAGGAGCGAUUGUUGUCGACCGUGGCCACCUCAGAAACAUGCGAUACGACACUGAUCUCGGAAUGGAGAACGAUUCAGGCGAAGAUGAGUGCGAGGACAAGGACGAGGGCGUCCUUCUGUGCGACAUAUCCGACGAUUGGGGCGACCAGCCAGCUGUUGCAACUCAACAGGCGGACAGUGUUUUUUUGGGAGGGCUCGAAACUGCUUCAUCGGUAUCGGAAAAACGCCGACCAAAGCAUACCAUGCAAAAGCCAAAGCCACGGAAAGGUCGACCUGCAAAAUCCGCGAAAGACUUCGGGGCAACAUCGAUCUGGGCACCCGAGGCCGGCGACGAAGAUGACUGGGUGCCCUAUCCGAGAAGACGGAAGAGCACAAUGGGGCAAUCGCGCAGAGCCAUGGCGAUGCCAAACGUUGAUGAAGAUGGUCGGGUGUCUGCCACCGACCGGGACGCAGGCUCCGGUACUGGACUUGACGAGAACCCUGAUAAUCUCAAGACAAAUGGCAUAGGAUCACAUGCGGAAUAUGCACUUGCAAGCAAACCGCAUCAACCAAUUAUGCAGACCCGGGCGGCGGAUACUACUCAAAAUUUACGGAAAGAUGCAUCUUCGAAACCAAGACGGGUCAUGGACAAUCGCGCACAAUCCCCCUCCAAGCCCAAGCCUGUCCCAGAUAUCAAUGGAAAUAUGGUCGAGGGUGGGCACCAGAACUCCGCAGAGGACGAUGUACAUGCGAAUUCAAAAAGCCUCCGUCGAUCGGGGAGAGGACGAAGACAAGUUGAGUUCCUGGGCAAGGUCGCGUGGCCCAAGCGCAAGGAGCGAGAAAGCAAAGAUGUCAUUGACAUCGCUCUGAGGAGUGGCAACACUGGCGAUUCCGAGUGUAACAGGCGAGAGCCCAACGCUAUCGAGCUGAAAGCGACAAGGGGCGCUGGCAACAAUGAAGACCCCGAAGAGUACCGCGACUGCAACGCAAGCGCUAUACAUGGUGAUCUGGUCGGGUCGUCUUGCUUCGUGAUUGCUAUUCCGACGCGAGUUCGCUGCGACGAGUACCAACAUGUUGAAGACAUACCAGACGAUUCAACCCCCCCAACGCCUCCCGAGUCCAGUCAGGAAGCAUCAUAUGUGGACAUGGGACAUAAAGAUGUCUCUGUCGAGCGAAUGACCAUUCCUGAUUCCGAGUCUGAGCCUCUGUCUGUUUUAGACGCGAAUACACGCCAAUCGCCAUGUGACGCCUCUGGGUCAGACACGAGCCACUUGACUCAACCUACAAAUCCAGCAGUUCCCCCGUCGAGACCUGACUCGCCUUCGGGCUAUACACCCAUUGCAGCGGAAACGUCCGUGAGCCAAGGUGCUGAAUCUGCGAGCUCGAUGGCUAUGGUUCCACCUGACGACAACGUGGCAGACCAAGAUCUGGCGGACCACCAAAGACCUGAUGAGGCCACAGAGAACGAGGACACAAGCUCCAGGUCAGCCAACAAUGCGCCGGCUGGCGAGCCGAGCAAUGCCACUCUGGAAACCGACGCGGAGCAUCUGCAUGACAUUGAGACAAUGUUGAACGGCACUCCCGAGCUGCGUGAACUCACGAUAGAGGAUGUAACAUUUGCUGCAGCUGAUGUCACUGAAGCUGAAGAUACCGAGACUACUUCAGGAGCACAGGAUACUAUCUUGGAGAACGACAAAGCUCCCACCGUUGAUGCCGAGGUAAUUAAGGAUGCGGAUGUUGGGCCUGCUGCCGAAGCGCAGCCCGAUUCAUUCCCACCACAACUUCAAACCAACGGAGACGGUCUACAGCAGACCAUCUUCGACUCUGACGACCCGCCUCCCUUCUUAACAGAUGAGCUUGAAGACCCAGAUACGGCGCGGUCACAGCUACCCCCUCUUGUGGUGUCUCCAAACCCCGAGAAAACGUUGGAACCUGGCAUGGAGCCCAACCACCUCAUGCCUUCUCGCGACUCAGACGUUGCAUCGUCAAGUCCGUCACGGCGACUCAAGCGCCUAUCCUUAGCGAAACCAUCUACCCCCCGACAUCCCGAUGCCGAGGAGGACGAGCUGCUUCGCAGCGAUGUGUCAUCACCUCUUGUUGGCCACAGCGCGCAUGGCGCAGGACCCUAG